AUGACACCACCAUCGUCGGCCUUUAAGAAAGGCGUCAAAAAAGAGGAGCCACCAUUGACGGCAGUGGUUAUUCUGGAUGCUUUUGAUCAAAGAUUUGCACCAAUUCAAGAAUCUUAUCCGUGCUUUGGAACAUUCCCGAUUUGCAAUGUGCCAGCCAUCAAUUUCGUUUUGUCGUGGUUGAUGCGGACGGAAGUGAAGAAUGUGAUGUUGGUUGUGAGCGGGCUCAAUGCCGAGCAUGCGGAAAAUGUCAAAAAAGAAUGGAAAUUGGCGUUCACCGAGUUUACUGUAGUUGCUUGUGACGCUGUGACAAGUGUUGGCGAUUGUAUGAGAGAGCUAGUCAAUCGGGAAUUGAUUACAGAUUUCCAUAGAAACUUUGAAAAAAUCUCAAAAAACCGCUCGAAAUGCCUGGAAAAUUCUAGAAGCGACUUCAUGUUGAUCUCCAACCCAACUGCCGUUAUCAACACAAACCUGGUUCCUCAAAUCCAAGAAUUUCGUAAACGACGGCGAGAGAAUGCGGAUAAUGUGAUGACACUGCUCUACAGUAAUCGAGAGAAUCCAGAACGUUCGCUAUUGGGAAUCAAUUGGGAAACGAAUAAGCUGAUGUUGUUCCCAGCGGCCAAUUCCCUAAAUCAAUUGAAAGCCGAAAAGUAUCAUUUCUAUGAAGGCGUGGAUAUUCGAAGGGAUUUGACAUCGACGGGAAUUGCUUUCUGUAGUCGACUGAUUGCGACACAAUUCAGUGAUAAUUUUGAUUUCACUGGAAUCGAUGAUGUCGUGAGAGAGAUUCUGUCCAAAGAUGAUAUUCUUGGAAUGAGUGUUCAUAUUGAAGUGUUGCCACCCAAGGAGAGAGCGUUUUAUGCAUAUGACUACGAAUCGCUGGUCCUCCUCAACACACUGAUGCUCGAAAGAUGGUUCUAUCCAUUGGUUCCAGAAAGAGCCGAUCCAACCCGCUUCUUCACAGCGAAUCCACGGAAUUUGUACUUGGAAGAGGAUGGAGACGAGAUUUGUUUGAAGGCGAAUACAUGGAUAUUGGGCGAUCAAUGUUUCAACGUCUCGUUGGGCACAAGAACCAAAAUCUCUCAUUUCGCUCAAAUUCGAAAUUCAUGCAUUGGCUCGCACACUGAAGUCUCCAAAAACACCCAAAUCCACCAAUCGAUAAUUGGCAAAAAUUGCCGAAUCGGAGAGAAUUGUCGAAUCGAAUCGGCAUUCAUUGGAGACGACGUGACGAUUCCAGACGGAACGCAUGUUCCAAAAGAGGCAAUUAUUGGGAAUGGCGUUGUUUUCCCCAAAAAAUUGGCUGAAAUUCCUGAAAUCACACUUCUCAACGCUGCUCUAAACGAGGAGAAAUUCGAAAAGCUGAGCUCAGAGGCUAGAGAAGGAUGCCACGUGGCGAAAUUCAAGCAUGGAGGACCGUUCUGGAGACGGGCGGUCGAUGGAAAAACGAUAUUUGGUGUGGAAGAAGAGCCGUCGGAUUCAGAAGGAAGCACGUCGGAUGACGAAGAUGAUGGAAUCGAUGAUAGCACUCGACAAUUCCACGACGAGGUGUUCGAAUCGAUGGAGAAGACGUUGGAGUCGAAUAAUCAGCAGAUGCGGAAUCUGAUUUUGGAGAUUAAUUCGUCGAAAUUGGCAUGCAAUGUGACGGUGGACGAUGUGGCGAAGAAUGUGUUCGCUGCGUUCUUGGAAUUGCCGAAUAACGAGGAAUUGAAAGGAACACAGGAGUUGAUUGUGUCGUGGAGAGACUUGUUUGGCAACUACUACAGAACGAAACGAUGCCAAAUCCAUCUUCUGCUCGCCGUCGAGGAUCGCUACAACGCCGUCGAAGGAUUCAGACAACGCGUGCCGAAACUAGUCCAUUUCAUGUAUCAAAAUGAUAUUCUGGAGGAGGAGGGCAUUCUCGAGUGGGCGGAGUCUAUUGAAACGGCGACGUUGAAGAGUUCGAUGCAACAAAUUGUGGAUUGGUUGAAUCAGAGUGAAGAGGAGGAGAAUUCAGAUGAAGAAUAA